AUUAGCAUUAUAAUUUUAAAAUGUUGGUGACCUUGAACUAGUCUUGUCAAACUUGUUUUUGUUUACAUUUUAUGUAAUCAAUGAUGUAAGGACUUGUGGUUCUAGUUUGCAAUAAGGGAGAGACUACGAUUGUUCAGUGAUGGUAGUGACUUAAUUAUAUUUAUCGUGAACUGUGAACUGUGUUUGAGCUGACUUUUUUAAAAAUUUUAUUUUUUAGUACAGCGUGUAAACGUGUACAUAUUGCAGGCACUACCUCUUUCUUGUAGGUCACUUUCACGUACCAAGUGAAAGUCUGGUGCAAACCUUUCACGAGUCAAAGGCAACUCACAACAGUGUUAACAAUUUUUGAGUAAUUAACAUCCAAACGGAACGUGUAUAUUUGUGAUUCGAGGGCACAAUGACAGAAAGUUAUUCAUCAAAGCUGACAUCGAACGUGCGGUCUUCAGUUGUGACUGGCAGAACCAAUUACGCUUUAAAUGAAAAACCGGGGGAUUCCAAUGAUAAGCGAAGCCAAAAUCUAGAGAAAAAUCCGGUCCUUCGGUCUGAUCCGGCAGUGUACAUUGUGUUCGUAUCACUACUUCUGGAUCUGUUGGCGUUCACUAUGAUUCUUCCAUUGCUACCGUCGUUGUUGGAUCACUACAGGACAAACGACAGUCCUGGCAGUUUGUACCCAUGGCUACUGAGCAAAAUCAAGUAUUUCCAACUUCUCGUUGGAGCUCCGGAUAGGUUUGAUUCUGUUUUGUUUGGAGGUUUCCUUGGGUCAUUGUUUUCUUUCCUACAGUUUUUAGCGUCUCCAUUGGUAGGAGGUGUAUCAGAUGUUUAUGGCCGCAAACCAGUGCUUCUGAUAUGUCUGGUUGGUAUAGCGUUGUCCUACGUGUUGUGGGCAGUGUCCAGCUGUUUUGCCUUGUUCGUGUUGGCAAGGGUGGUAGGUGGCAUCUGCAAAGGGAACGUCAGUUUAUCAAUGGCCAUCAUUACCGAUGUGUCCUCCACUGCCACGCGAGGUAGAGGCAUGGCACUUGUUGGUAUUGCUUUUUCUGUGGGUUUCAUUUUGGGACCCGUGAUUGGAGCGGUUUUCUCUCGAUGGUCUCACAGCCAAGCAGGAGCUUGGUAUGUCUAUCCCGCCUUAUUUGCUCUGAGCCUCGUCAUCCUUGAUAUAAUUUUCGUAGUAUACUUCUUCAAAGAAUCACUUCCAAAGAAUAGAAGAGCGAAGUCUGUGGCGAACAGCGUGAGCCAGGCGGCUGCGUACAUAAACCCUUUUGAGCUGUUCAAAUUCAGCGCAGUUCAGAACAUGCCCAAGAAAGAACUGGCGGAACUCCGCCGGCUGGGCUUCAUCUACUUCGUGUACCUGUUCCUGUACUCGGGGCUGGAGUUCACUAUCACGUUCCUGACCCACCACAAGUUCAACUACACCUCCAUGCAGCAGGGGCUCAUGUUCUUCACCACGGGCUUCACCAUGGCCGCGGUGCAGGGGGGCUACGUGCGCCGCUUACCCCAGGACAAGAUGCGGGCCACCGCCGUGCGGGGAUUGCUACUCAUUGUGCCUUCUUACGUAUGCAUUGGUCUCGCACCUUCUCCAGUACUGCUUUACAUUGGGCUGCUCAUAUAUUCUGUGUCCACUGCCAUGGUCGUCCCGUGCCUGACGACGUUGGUGUCCAAUCACGGCUCCCACGAGCAGAAGGGCAAGGUGAUGGGGAUCUUCAGGUCCCUGGGAGCGCUGGCCCGGGCCGUCGGACCCGUCGUGGCUUCCGUGGCGUAUUGGAUCAUGGGACCAGCGCCAACCUACCUCACAGGGGCGGUGCUUCUGCUAUGGCCGUGGAUAAUGCUGAAGAAUCUUUAUGCGGAGUUGUAAAUGCGACACCUCUUUUGUUGUUUUCAGCAAGAUGCUGUUGGUUUCAAAAGAUGUCAUCAAGGAUCUGGCCUAAGUUACCACAAUGCCAUAAGCUCUCGAAUUAAUGAAAAGUUUCAUUUAUAAGAUAAAUUGUACGCAGGUAAUAUGUGCUAGAUGUAUUUAAUGCAUAUUUGUAUACAUGUUAACUUUUUUUACAUAGUUUUUAUUUUUUUGAGUAUUACUUACCCAAGUUAUUAGCUGAUUUCGUUAACAAAGUUGGCAGGUUUAUGAGACUAUUGUCUGAAUUAGUUUGGUUGGUAGGUUUUUUCAGGUUUAAACAAAUAUUAAAUUCAUUCAGUUAUUUUAUUUACUACUCAUAAUUGCGGGAAGCCUACAUCAGAUUUUAAUGUCCCUGUCAUUACUGAGGCAAGCUGUUUGCAAGCACAGUAGGGACUAACCCAUGUUAUUGCAUAGAUAAAUGUUUAAAUGGUUGAUUACAUAUGAAGUUCAUAAAAUCCUGAAGUUACACAAAGGCAAAUACUGUAUUCGAAUAUGUUGAAAAUCUUUGUGAAUUGUAGGUUUCCCCCAUAAUUUAGAAAUUUUGUUUUCCAUAGAGAUACGUAUAAGGUCUUCACAAAUAAACGUAAUGUAAUUUACACUUUCUAGCUGCCAUUUUUGAUGUAUUUAGACUUGAUUAUAGAAGGAAUCAACAGAUUGUAUGUAAUGUAAACAAAGUUUUAUUGAAGAAAAUAGGAAAUAUCAUGAAAAUAAAUUAUAUAUAACAGAAGCAUCAAAUAUUUUAACCAAUCAUUAGGAUAGAUCCUAGACUAUUUGAAAAUAAGGAAAUUAAGUAUUUUGUCACUGUAGAUGCAAAAACCUUGUAUGUCAAAUUAUGGUUUAUUAUCAAUUCCAACAGACAAAAAUCAGUUAUAAUUUUCUGCAUUUGAUGCAGUAAAUAACACAUGAUAGUAACUCGUUAUUGAAAGACUGCCAAUUAAAGCUUGGUACCUAUCACCGACCAUGUUAGGUUUUUAAUUAUUUUCUAUUUAAAUAUAUUUAUAUAGAUUUUUUUUUUAAAUGUGCUAAAGAAGUUAAGAUGUAUGCAUUAUGUAGCUGUUGAAGAAAUUGAAAUGAUUAGUAGUUACAGUGAUGCAAUUAACCAAGCACAAAUUUUAAUUGUGAAUAUUUGUCUGUCAUUUAAAAAUACAAAUAACAUGUGACAUAUUGUUUGGUGACAAAAUAGAGGGGGGGGGGGGACAUGGUAUGCAAUGCUUAUGUAUUGAAACAGUAGUUUGAAAUUGUACUUAAGGAGCAUGCCUAGUCAGGGGUGUGUCUGUGUUAGAGGCGGGAUGAUAAGUGCGACGCUUGCUGGUGCUUCUAGCGCGGUAUCCCUCUAAGCGCAAGGCUGUGUGUGCAUUGGCAACAAUCUUCUUGUCGAGCUUUCAGGUAACUGUUCCGGGAAUUAUAUGCCUAAAAGUUAUUCUGCAAAAACGUUUUUAGUCAUUUUCACUUUUCUAAAAAUGCAGUUUCAACACGAAAUCCGCAACCAGAACUUCUCAUCCGCCCUCAGAAUAUUCUCAAAUUAUUUUUUGUAAACAGACAAAACUGGCUAUCUUGAGCAGUUUUUUAAUUUGAGUACUUUUUUUCUGAAGCCCAGGUAGGUUAGGCUCUUAAACAAAACCAUUGACAUAAAAUUCAGUGUCCCAACCUUUGGGUUGAAGCCAAGCUGUAGGUUAAAGUUUUUUUUUUUCAACCUCCUUAAAAAUCUACCAAUUUUGACCAAUAAGGUUUAGCAUCUGCAGUGAUAAUUUGCAUGUCAGUAUGUCAUACAUAUAUCUGUAUCUCUCACUCUUUUUUUUUUUGUUUGUCAACACACAUUUAAAAGAAUCAUAAAAAAAAUUCGUAACAGAACAUCACUAUACAUACAUGACAGUAUUUUUUUCUAUGUAUACUUAGCUUAAGAUGGUAAGUAGCUGAAAUAUUAUUGCAAAUUGAGGUCAGAAAGGAAUACCUUCAGUAACACCUACUAAUAUUUUUGGGAAAAUAUACGUAGGAAACGCGGGCCAAGUUAUGUCGGCAAACCUAGCGGCACGGAGUGUCCCUGUGUUUCUUUACAAUAUGUGUUGGAAGUAUGUGAGACUAGUUACAGUUGGCAGCAUCUAGCGUGAAAUGGAAAAUAGCUAGGAAGCAACCUGCCUCGCUAUCUACCAGUCAUAAUUGUUGUGAGUUUCCUUUAUUGUCCCAUUAUGAUAUUUGUUAACACUCAUGAAGGGUAUCUUAGUACAAUCAAGUAUCCUACCCCUACUUUGUGUUCGGUCUUUAACGCAUUUGAAACCUAACUUUUAAAAAAUAAAUUGAAUGUAAAGUUUUGACUUAAAUGAUUAAUUUUUAUACUGGAUUGAUCUUUUACCAUUAUUUUUUUGUGUUUGCAUGUUGAUUAAAGAAAUGAUUUACAAAAGACAUGAAGUAGUCCUACUGUUAAGUUUUUUUUUUUUUAAAUAGUCUAUAGGUUGGACCAUAAUUAAGGGGAAAUUAUUUUGCAGUGGGUCUAUUUUUAUACAUUAAAUUUCAUGAACAUUAUGAAUAAGUGUUUUACAUGAAAAUAAAGGUUAUAAAUGAUAUGAUUUUAAACAGUUGUAUGUUUGCCUUGUUUUGAAGGAUAUGUCUUGGAAUCAGUUAAAAUAAUAAUAAGUUUCAUAUGUGCUUUAAGAAGGAAUUAAGUGCCAUGCAGUUUAACAUUUAUGUAUAAAUGUAUUGGUAAUACAGGUUCAUUAUCCACAUAUUUAUGGAAUAUAUGAAUGUACAUUUUACAGAACUAUUUCACUACCUCUGUCUUGUAUUAGGUACAAUUAUACCACAUUGAAACAGAUUUAUUGGAGUGUGUGUUUAUAUUUAUGUGUAUCUUUUGCAUUGUUUGAUUUUAUUAGUUUUUAUUUUAUAACAAUUUUGUAAAAAAUUUUGGUUAAAAAAGUAGUUUUUUUUUUAAAUACCAAUGUACUUAUUACUCUUGAAGACGGGCAAUCGAUCAAUCUACUACUCUAAAUGUUCAACCUUACUUUCAUUACUGUUGGUGAUAUAGUUAAUUAAUUUUUUUUAAUGAAGUUUUUUUAACUUGUUUGAAAUAUGUAGUUAGUAUUACAAUUCUGUUACUAUUUUAUGCUUAUGAUUUUGUUACUCAGUUCCAUAACAAGCCUGUGUAUUAGUCAGUUUUCAAACUAUAAGGUAAUUAAUGUAUGUAUGCUUGCUAUGUAGUCAUUAUUCAAACUGUAAUAUAAGAAUGUUGAUACUAUUGUAACCAUGACUUUUAUGUAUCAAAAAUGCUAUUUUCAAUAGCAUAUAAAAUUCCAAAAACUCGUAUCCAUAUUCAGAUAACCCGAUAGACAGCAAAGUGCAGGCUUCUGGUAAAGAUAUCAUGUAUUCCUCAACUACAAGUUAACUUAGACCAUGUAAGGUAGGAACAAGAUAAUGAGUGUAUUAUUUCAUAUUCUUUGCUCUUCCCUUUCGCUAAGUUUUCCGUUUGCUUUUGUUGACCUUGGUUGGUCUUUAUUUUGACCUUACAAUUGAGAUGCAAUUAGUGAUGAGUCACAUCCCAAUUUUCUCAAAUCAGAAUCUGGAAUUUGAAUCCCAAAAAGUACUUUGAAUAUAUCCCUCAAAUCCGAAUGUAAGUUCAAGGGUCCAAAAUAAAAUAAUGCAUAAGAAAUGAAAAAUUUUAACUGUGUAAAAUAUUCAAAAAUUUAACCCUUUAAAUGUUUUAUUCAUGAACUAAGUUUCCAGAAUCAGUACAUUAUGUAUUUUUGUUUCUAUAAUUACAUUUGAAAAGUACAAUAUCUUGGGGGAUUGUAACAUGCUAGGUAUGAAGAAAAAUAUUGACUUUGUAAACUUCAGAGGUUAUCAGUGUUGAAUUUUUAAUUUACUUUAUUUCCUCUAAUAUAUUUCUUUGAAUAAUUUUCCUCGAAUAUUGAAUCCUUUGAAUACUAAGGAUUUGAGGAUUUGAUUGGCCCAUCCCUAAUGGUAAUAUUCUAAUAUUUGACCUUAAUAUAGUUUUAAUCAUUUGAUUCAUAAACAGUGUAUUUACAGGUCAUGAAACGUAACUAAAUUGAAGGACUGGUCAUGAAAGUCACAAUAUAAAUUAUAAAGUCUCUAACUAAACAUUAGGCUAAAAAUUCCAAAACUUCAAUUUUUAUGAGUCUUUUGCUAGCUUGAAUUUUUUUUUGAUGCCUCGCUUCAUUUUAUAGUGGGACAUUAAAUAUAAAUAGUUAGAGACCGGCCAUUUAAAUUAUGUGGACAUAUCCCUGAAAAGAUUUCUGUAACAAAAACCAGCACGAACCUGCGAUUAGUAGAUCUGUUUCAUAUUAUGUUUGAUUUUGCUUAUUGUAUUGUUACUUGUGGGAAAUAUAUGUUCGAGCAGGAUAGUCUUAAUCAAUUUAAUUAGAAUUUAUUUAUUUAUUAGUAUUUACACUUUUUCCUAAAUAAUUAAAAUCUAAAUGACUGUCCACAAAAUUGAUCACAGUUUAAUUAGUUCACAGUUUACUCUCGCCCACUGGAGCUCGGCUUGACAGUGGCUCUAUGCUUUUUGUCUCUUUCCGCCCAUCGUGGUCCCAUCCUGGCCCAUUCUUAAUUUUUAUAUAAAGCUCUUUUACAUUUUGGUGUAUGUUAACUCUGUAGGAUUAUUUUUAUGAGCUAUUUUGUAAGCAUCUUAUAAAAACCAUGUUUUAUUUUAAUUUUUUGUUAAUAUGCUAUUAUGUGCAUGAAUGACUAAAUACAUUAUAAAUUUUGGAUUUGAAAUACUUUUUAUUCAUACAUAUUGUAACCAAAAUUAAUCUAGUUUGCUCGGUUUGUGUGUUUCAUACUUUUAAAAGCAUUUCAAUUAUUUUAUAGAGAGUAAAAACAAAAAAAAAUUAUAUAACUGCAAAAUUACACCAAAAUUUAAUACCUUGAGUUAAAAAGUGUUAAAAAAAUAAUUUUUUUUCUUCAUACUUCAAGGUAGUGCAAAUUUUAUUUUGUAGAAAUCAUUCCUAUUUCUUAAUGAUGGUAUAUGUAUGUACUUGCAUUCAGAAUUAACCUUUUUUGUUGAUUGUUGUACUUGAAUAGUUACCAUUCAGCAAUCUUUGAAUAAAAUUAUAUUUUAAAGGAAAAAUUAUUUAUUGUCUAUUUAAGUAUUUUUUGUCUGGAAAACAUUUUUGACUUUAAAUUACGACUGUUUAUUAUUGUUUCACAAACUUAUAUACUUGGGUAACUAAAUAUGGAUUUCCGGCUCGAAAAGAGUAGUUAACUGAAUGUUUUGCAUAAACUGUCCAUUGGAAAAUUCAUAAUGAAAGACCAGGUAUCUAAGUUUGAUAUUUUGUAUAGGUGACAUACUAGUUCAGGGUCAAACCCUUGUAUGCAACAGGUUAGUGUAUGUGUGUGUUUUACUUACGUUUUGCUCUUAUAGCAUCUCUGCCUCAGAAUGCAAAACAUAAUUGAAAAAUAGAGAUGUAUCAUUGCCUUUUGGGACCAAACAUAAAAUUCAAAGGCAAAUUGAUUUUCACAAAAGAGGAAUGAAAGGCGUAGUUUUGUUCAAACUAUUCGAAGGCUGUGUAAAAAUAAUAAAUAUUUUUAUAGUAUUAUUCUGAUUAAUGUAAACUAGUGAAUGUUUGUUGUGUCAGUCUGAUUACGUGUUAUUAAAGUAUGUAUCACAUUAUUAAAAAUCAAUUUUAUGACAAUUUAUUUGAUUAUUUUUAAAAAAUAUAUAUUUUUUUUUACUUGUAUGUUUUAGGUUGCCAUGAAUUAUCAGAUUUUCACAUUUACUAAUACAUAACAUAAGUAUUCAGUAUGCAUGUUGUGCAUGAACAAAUAUUUUGGCACCGAGUUAUUUUAUGAGAGUCUUUAAGUAUUAUAAAAUGUGAUAAGAAUGCUCAGAUUGGUGAUUUAUUUGUUAUUUGUAUGAUACAUAAUUGUGUUAUUAUAAAUAAUGUUCAGUACCUUUAUAACAUGAUCAAAGAUUUGGUUUUAUUUUAAGUUUCUACAUGAUAAUUUCUUGAAAUCUAGAAUCUAUUGUUUUUGUUAUUGAGUGUUGCUACUGUUUUUUUUUAAGCACAAAAUAUGAAAUAUUGUAUAUUUUUCAUAGUUGUGUUGUUAUAAAUGCUUGGAAAUUGAA